GCAGCAAAACUGCUGUACUUAUAAUGUGGAAGUGGUUUGAAAAGGUGAUUUUGUAUUAAUAAGCUAAGUGAUUAGUAUUUACCAUUUAGUACUCUCGCUUACAUUAUUUUUUUCCUUCUUUUUGGGUAAACUCAGGAGUAUUCUCGCAUACUUUAAUACCCCUUCGACUUCUGGCCAGUGAUUGUGAUAUAAAAGCAUAUCCAAUAUUAUACAUAUACCUCAUCAUAUCUAGAAAAGAAGAGACCACCUCCUCUCUUCCCCCCGACCCACCGUCGCCUGAAAAUGAACCCCAUUGUCACAACCCUCCAAUACUGGCUAGUGAACCACCCAACCAUCCUCCACUUCUCAUGGACUCCGGGUCUAACCCCUGCCUCCACCCUCUUCCUCUUCCUCACCCUCCUCUCCUACCUCUCCCUCACCUUCCUUCUCUCCCGCCGCCUUAUCCCACUCCCUUCCCUUGGUCCCAGCCUCCUCAAACCCAUCUCCGCCCUCCACAAUCUCGCCCUCCUCCUCCUCUCCCUCGUCAUGGCCGUCGGUUGCACCCUCUCCAUCAUCACCCACACGCCUCACCUCCACUGGAUCAUUUGUUUCCCUCCACACACCCCUCCCUCCGGGCCCCUCUUUUUCUGGGCCUACGUCUUCUACCUCUCCAAGAUUCUCGAAUUCGUCGACACCCUCUUGAUCAUUCUCAGUAACUCCCUCCAACGGCUCACCUUCCUCCACGUCUACCACCACUCCACAGUCCUGAUCAUGUGCUACAUUUGGCUGCACACCUCCCAGUCCCUGUUCCCAGUAGCGCUCGUGACCAACGCCUCGGUGCACGUGGUCAUGUACGCCUACUACCUAUUGUGCGCCAUCGGAGUGCGGCCCAGGUGGAAGCGCCUGGUCACGGAUUUCCAGAUCGUGCAAUUCGUGUUCAGCUUUGCGGUUUCAGGUCGGAUGCUCUACGAGCACUUCACCGGAUCCGGAUGCUCCGGGAUCUGGGGUUGGUGCUUCAACGCCGUUUUCAAUGCCUCUCUUCUGGCUCUCUUUCUGGACUUCCAUGUUAAGAGUUAUGCGAAGAAGAAAAAGAUGGAUCAAAAGGACAAACGGUCGUGAUUGUUUGUUGGACGGUCACGAUUGAUUGGAAUCCUUAUCUUUGAUUGAGAAACAAAUGUCGUUUUGGAAAUGGGUUCAAUUCUCUAUAUGAAUUGUGUGGUU